UUGGCUAAAUCAUAACUGGAUUCUAUACGUGACCAGCCCAUGCUUUGUGUCAGUGCAGUUAAUCCCUUCCUGUUUUCAAAGGUUCCAGCUUUGAACCAUGUUACGGGCAUCAGAAAAAAUAGGAAAGAUGCUUCCUUAUGUUCACUGUGCAUUUCGUAUGUCAAUAAACAAAGGACAUGGAUCUCGAAGAAGCAAUGAUUUUUUUGCACUUAGAGAUCUCAUUGAUCUAUUCGAAGGAGCUUUUGCAGACAGGAGCUUGCAAAUAUGGAUCCACAUGUAAAUAUCAUCAUCCGAAGGACAGAAAUGGAGCUGGACCUGUUACAUUUAACAUUCUUGGUCUUCCUAUGCGUCAGGAUGAAAAAUCAUGUCCUUAUUUCAUGAGGACCGGAUCAUGUAAAUUUGGAGUUGCUUGCAAAUUCCAUCAUCCCCAUCCUGCUUCACCUGGGGCUGGCUUACCUGUAAACGGACCUGCGGGAUCAUCAGUUUUGCCACCGACAGGUGUGCCAUAUGCUGGUGGAUUACCCACAUGGUCAUUACCUAGGGCACCGUUUGUUUCUGGCCCACAUUUACAAACCCAAAACUACAUGUCUGUUGUUGUUUCUCCUUCUCAAAACAUAAUUCCUGCUAAUGGCUGGAGCACCUACAUGGUAAAUGAAUGUUUCUUUUGUUGAGUAAUGUUUAGCUGAACUUCAGGCUUCAAUAUAAU